ACUCAGUCAUUACCCGCCCCCUCUUCCAAAACAUACAAUCCUUUUUCCUUUACGUACCCUCCUUCUUUCUCUCUUCCCUCCCUCCCCCCUCUUUUCUUCCUCCUGCAGAUCAGUUAGAAUGCUGCUAACAACGCAGAGGUAGACCAGCAGCGAGCUCAGGAGGAAGGCCUCUGACUAAAUAACUCUGACUAAUAACAGAAGUGUUUUGUUCGGGAGAAGUGGUCGAACAUUGAAACAAAGCUGAAAUAAACAUAUUUUUUUUUUUACUUGGAGAGAGGUGUAGGGAGGUGGAAAAAAACAGUGGUACAGAUGGGGAAGAUGAUCUGUGCCCUGCGCUCCUUUGCUCUUCUGUGGGCCUGCUGGCUUCCCUCGACUUUGGGACAAGAGCUGCAGGAGCAAGAUGCUCUCUGCGCUGCAGAUGGCUGCUACGCCGUCUAUUUCCAACGCAAGACCUUUCGGGAGUCGGCAAGGUUCUGCAAGGACAAAGGUGGUUCCCUGGCAACCCUAAAGAGUUCUGAGGAGGUGGCUGUGGUCCAUGAGCUCCUGUCGUCUGUGGAGCAACGAGGACCACGGGCCAGGGUCAGACUGUGGAUAGGGCUCCAUCGCCAGCCCAGGCAGUGCUCUGCCACACGCCCACUCAGGGGAUUCCAAUGGAUCACAGGUGAACAGGACACGCAAUACACCAACUGGCUGAGGGCGGACUCACCUAGUACUUGUGCCGCGCCCCGCUGUGUCGUCAURAGYGUCAACACUGCUGCUGACACCCGGGAGCAGCACGACAACUUCAAGUGGCUGGAUGGCUCCUGCUCACUGGCUGUGGAUGGAUUCAUGUGUCACUACACCUACAGGGGGAUGUGCCCUUCUCUGAAGAGUGAGGGAGGCGGACCUGCUCUGUACACCACCCCUUUCAGCCUGCUCAGCACCAUCCUCACUCACAUCCCCUUUGGCUCAGUGGCCACCCUUCCCUGCCCAAAUAAUGAAGACAGCUUAGGAGACCAGUCUGUUCUUUGCAUGCUGAGGGAAGAYGGGAGUGUGGGCUGGUCAAAGGAUUCCCCCCUCUGCUCUGAUGGCCUCCAGGACUGGUGUGAAGAAGAAAAUGGUGGCUGUGAACAUUUCUGUCAGAAUGCUGACACACAGUAUUACUGUGAGUGUUCUGACGGCUUCACACUGGCAGAGGACGGCCAGACCUGCCAGCCGAACCAUUCCUGUGGCAAUGCCAACUGUGAGUUUGACUGUGAGGAGACCGCUAAGGGAUUCCGCUGCAAAUGUCCAAACGGAUACCUGCUGGCACCUGAUGGACGCAACUGCCUGGAUGUGGAUGAGUGUCUCCGGGCCCCCUGCCUUCAUAUAUGUGUCAAUGCUCCUGGGACAUUCGAGUGCCACUGUAACCAGGGCUACGAGCCCGAUGAAAAUGGCGAGUGUGUGGAUGUUGACGAAUGCAACGAUUCCAGUCGCUGUGAACACAGAUGUGAGAACACACCUGGUUCCUUUGCCUGCCACUGCCGCCAAGGCUACACUGAGCUGCCCGACGAUCCAGGCUUAUGCCAGGACGUGGAUGAGUGCCAGACCUCYGCCAGCUGCCACCAGAAGUGUCUCAACUAUAUGGGUGGGUUUGAGUGCUAUUGUGAGGCAGGGUACGAGCUGCAGUCAGACCAGUACUCCUGCAUGGCUAUUCCAGAAGGUGAUGACGAGUAUUCAUCAACACCCACCUCGUCCUACCAAASCUGGGUUACAGACAGAGACUGGGUUACAGACACCACACGCUUGGAGUGGCUGACAGAGCAGACAGUCCUUGAGAGGCUUCCGACUGACCUGGGCUGGUUUACAGAGGCCCCGCAGGAGGAGACAACGUCUACACCGGUUCCUCGCAGGCCGUCGGAAGGCCAUAACUCACACUGGGGUGUUCUCGCGCGGAGAAAGCCCGCUCGGAACACUGUCACACCCUCGCCCAGCUCGUCCUCGCAGGAAGAUGAUGACACUCAAAGCCAAGCAAGUGAUCCCUCAGUGGUGUCCAGGGUUAGUGACAGCCACCACCCAGCAGUCCAGAAUGACAGGGGGGCUGGGAGAGUGGUAGAAACCCCAGACAUWGACUCUGACACUAAGGCCACCACCACCACACUCGGAGUCCCACCUCCAGCCCAAACAGUGUUUGCCUCAGGGGCCCAGUGGCCUGAGAGUAAAGGCAAAAGGAAGCAUGACAAGAGCUGGCUACUAGUAGCACUCCUGGUGCCCCUGUGUGUUUUCAUUGUGGUGAUGCUGGCUCUAGGCAUUGUGUACUGCACUAGCUGUGCUGUAGAACAAAACAAGAGCAUCACUGACUGUUACCGCUGGAUCAUCACCUCCAAGUCAGAGGGGGAAAACAAGGCGAAAUCUCGUGCUUGACCAUUAGAGGUGAUACUGUCUUUUUAGUGAAUAGUUUUGAAAGAGGGGGGUGAAUAAGGGACAGGGUUGAAUAAAGGACACUGACAGCAUCCAGACCACCCACCUGAUGGCGUCUGCCGCCACCACUGUGAAACUGGACCCCUGAAAUACUCCUAUGGAACAUCCCAGCGUCUCUGAAGUCCAUGUAGGAAGAAUGCUUAUUUUGGUGCUCCAAAAAUCAUGACCACGUUUAAAUGAAGUGGUGUUUUUUUUUUAGAUGUUGUAAAGAUCUGAUAAACGGUCAUGAGGACAGGGGAUACGACGUUGUCGAGAGGAAGUGGUGGCUCCUAUUUCACUGCUGGUGCUUUUUUUGCCCACCAUAAGAAAAUGUCUUAAGUCAUUGUUAGUUCAACAGGUGCUAAAGUUAACAGCAUUAUGUACUGUAGACCUCGUUGUUGAGGUUGCUCAUAAUAAACAGAAUAMACUUCAGAGUACUAAUGUAAGAAACCCAGAUGAGAAACACUCCCAUCACAUGAAUUGUGUGGAGGUGAACAGAAACGCUCCAAUUAUAUAAUAUUUGGAUAUGUUGCAGUUUGUAAUGUUUACCCACGUGUGUUAGUCAGGCCUAAUCGAAUUGUGUCCUUCUAGAAGCACUGAAUAUGCAUUGGAUUUGAAUAAAAUCAAUAAACCAUU